UUUCAUUUCUCUGUUUCUGUGUUGCUUAACUUUGUUUGUCCUAAAAUGGAUUUUUCGAAUUCUCUCAAGCCUUUUGCUUUCCUCCUUGUCUGUUUGCUUCUCUGGCAAACUCAAACCGAUGCAGCAACAUGCAGUGAUUGCUUCACUCAAUCAAGGGCAGCUUACUACCCAAACUCUGAAGAGAAUGGAACAGAAACUGGUGCAUGUGAGUUUGGAUCAUUUGGAGCAACAAUCAAUGGUGGAGAUGUAUCAGCUGCAUCUGAUCUCUAUAGAAGUGGAUUAGGUUGUGGUGCCUGCUAUCAGGUGAGAUGCACAAAUGCUAAGUAUUGCUCAGACAAUGGAGUAACUGUAGUCAUCACAGACAGUGGCUCAAGUGAUCACACAGACUUUAUACUGAGCAACCAUGCCUUCAGCAAGAUGGCUCAGACCAAAGAUGCAGCUGCUUCAUUACUAGCCCUUGGUGUUGUUGAUAUUGAAUAUAGACGUGUUUCAUGUAGUUACCCAAACCAUAAUAUUACAAUCAAGAUUGAUGAGAACAGCAACUACCCCUAUUACCUAGCCUUUGUUAUAUGGUAUCAGCAAGGCAACAAGGAUAUCACUGCUGUGCAGCUCUGUGAGACUCAAAAUUAUUCAUGCAAGCUGUUGGAUCGGAGUCAUGGAGCAGUUUGGUCGAUUACCCCGCCGCCAAGCGGGCCGCUGUCAAUAAGGAUGCUUUUAAGUGGCAGUGAUGAAGGAGAUGAGACAUGGGUAGUUCCUGAUAAUAACAUACCACAGGACUGGAAGGCUGGAGCCACAUAUGACACUGGAGUACAAAUAAAUGUAUGAACAAGCGGAAACAAAUAUGGCC